AUGGGCAUGGCGAGCUCCGGUCGCCUCGGGAGACACGCCGCUGCUAGCUCGCUCGGCAGCUUGCAGAGCUAUGCUACUAGCACCAUUAGGGCUACUAGUGGGCCUAUUCCCAGCUGUCUGGCCCAGGGGAGUACGAGUGAAGUGGGCAUGAAGAAGAGGGUCUUUGUGCAGAAGGAUAUGGUUGACGAGCCCGUCUUUUCAAAGGAGAUGAGGGAUCGCACCCUGUUGAGUAAGAGGCCGGAUAGGUUUGCUUAUCCCAAUUUUGCCCUUGCCGAGUUUGGAGGGAGAGAUACGUGGGCGAGUGAUGUCUUCGUCUUGCCGCAUAACGCUAUUCGUUGGGAGAUCAUGGACUUGUAUACCAUCAUUUCCUCCAUUCAGAGGCGUUGGUCAGCCUUGACCAUGGUCGAUGUGUGGGAGCUCAGUGAGUACUGGGAAGUAUUUGAGGUCUUUGUGGCCCAGUACUUUGAAAUUGAGGACCAGAUCGUCUUUCCGUUCCUACUUGAUCUGGCCAGCGAUUCCACUGAACUCAACCGCUACCAUAAGGUCGUCAAGUACAACAGAGAUCGCCUCGAGGCAAUGCUUUUGGACGUCGGUGGUACCUUGGAGUUAUUCAACUCAGCUCCAGCCGGCGAGGUCUUACCCAAGGUCUACAGUCAGCUGGCCGAGUAUCUCCCAAAGCUCCUGGACUACAUGGAGCAGCAGGAAGAUGUCCUUCCUCGCGUCUUUGAAGAAUAUGGCCAGCCGGAAGAUAGGGCCCUUAUUAAUCGCGCCAGCGCCAAUUUCAUCGUCCGCGCUGCCAACGGCAGGGACGGCAUCGCCAUCCUCACCAGGUGGAUUGAGGACUCUAUGAUUUUGCAAAUGUGGAAGAACGAGAAUUUGAGCUCACGGGCCCAAUCGUCUCACAAGCGAUGGAUCGCAAACCUCGAGUCCAAUCAUGUAGAUAUUGCUCGCCGCUUUCAGCGACGGAUGAGAAGCUUGCCCAAGUCUGACAACUUAGAAGGAGAAGCCCCUCGGAAGGCAGACCGUGUCGAGAUUAACCGUCGCUCGUCCAAGCCCAAUCUCAAGGGCAUAUCGAGGCGUGCCUUGCCGACUCGCUAGAGUAGUAUUACGUUGGAUCCAAUCUGAGCAUAUAAGCAUAGUUUUUGAAUCGGGGGGCAUUUUGCCGUAACCCACCUUCGCGUUGAACGCAGGGAACGAAGACGCAAUCUUUCUUAACUUGUCUCGCAGUAGGGGUAGAGGAGAAUAAAGUUGUACGAAUAUCAGUCUUUACACAUGGAUGACGUCAGACCAUCA